CUUGUGGUUCACUUGAAGUCGCAUACUCGAUGAGCAGAGACAGAGAGAGAGGUACUUCUCAGGUUUUCUGCUUACAAAAUGACUACAGCUGCAGAAUAUGGAGCCACUUCUUGGGAGCUCUGUGUUCAGGUGGAGCAUCAGUAUGAAGGCGAACCAAAGGAGUUUAAUAUCAGAGUCACAGGAGACCUCCACAUUGGGGGGUUGAUGCUCAAAUUAGUCGAACAAAUCCAGAUUCCUCAAGACUGGUCAAACUACGCUCUUUGGUGGGAACAGAAGAACUGCUGGCUGUUGAAAACCCACUGGACACUGGACAAAUAUGGAGUGCAGGCUGAUGCUAAUCUUCUCUACACACCUCAGCACAAAGCUCUGCGGCUGCAGCUGCCAAACAUGAAGAUUGUAAGACUGAAGGUCAGCUUCUCUGCUAAGGUUUUCAAGGCAGUCAGCGAAAUCUGCAAAACUCUAAUACACCCAAGUUUCUCAUUUCAGCAUUCAAUGCAAAAGGACAGAUGUCUCCAGCAGAUGGACAAAGAUAUCAGAAGGUCAGAGGAGCUCUCCUUACUGAAGCCACUAGAUGAACCACAGAAAAAGAAGAAAAAAGAAAAAAGUAACAAUCUAAUCAUUGAAGACAUUUUAAAUUUGGACAACACUGCAGUCAUCUCGGGAGCUGCAGCAAGCCCUGGGCUGUACAGUAAAACCAUGACACCUAUAUACGAUCCAGUCAACGGAACUCCAGCGUCGUCUACCAUUAUGUGGUUCAGUGACAGUCCACUAACAGAACAGAACUGUAAUGUCCUGGCUGUUAGCCAGCCAAACUGCCCACCUGAAAAACUAGCAAAGCUGUACCAGCCACUGUCGUUAGUUGACAAAGCGGCAAUAAAUGCAGGAUGGUUAGAUUCAUCCCGUUCCCUCAUGGAACAAGGCUUUCAGGAGGAGGAUAAACUUUUGUUGCGCUUCAAGUACUUCAGUUUCUUUGACUUGAACCCAAAAUAUGAUGCUGUCAGAAUAAACCAGCUCUAUGAACAGGCACGGUGGGCAAUACUUUUGGAAGAAAUUGAAUGCACUGAAGAAGAAAUGUUCAUGUUUGCCUCACUGCAGUACCAUAUAAGCAAGAUGUCCAAGUCUUCUGAACCGCAAAGUUCUUCAAAUGAGCCUGACACAGAUGAAGUAGAAGCUGCCCUAGCUAAUCUAGAAGUGGCACUUGAUGGCGCACAUUCAGACAGAAUGCUGGAGGACAUCACUGAUAUUCCAAAGCUUGCUGAUUAUCUGAAGCUUUUCAGGCCCAAAAAGCUGACCCUGCGAGCGUAUAAGGAGUACUGGUUUGUUUUUAAAGACACCUCCAUAUCAUACUACAAGAAUAUGGAAUGUGCUCGAGCAGACCCCAUUGAACAGCUGCACCUAAGAGGUUGUGAAGUUGUACCUGAUGUUAAUGUCUCAAGUAAGAAAUUUGGAAUCAAGCUCUUAAUUCCUGUAGCCGAUGGCAUGAAUGAAAUCUACCUGCGAUGUGAAAAUGAGAAUCAGUACGCCAAAUGGAUGGCUGCAUGCAUGCUGGCAUCCAAAGGGAAAACGAUGGCCUACAGCUCCUACCGAACUGAAGUCCGCAACAUUCAGUCUUUCCUGAAAAUGAAGGACCUAAACUCAGCUCAAGCACAAGCUGCUCCAAAUCUAGAAGCCAUGGAGAUGAACUCAGAUUGUUUUGUGUCUCCCAGAUAUGUGAAAAAGUACAAAAAUAAACAGCUAACAGCACGUAUCCUGGAAGCACAUCAGAAUGUCUCCCAAAUGUCUCUUGUGGAAGCCAAGAUGCGUUUUAUACAAGCAUGGCAGUCGCUACCCGAGUUUGGCAUCAAAUACUAUAUUGUAAGGUUUCGAGGAUGCAAGAAAGAUGAGCUGUUGGGGAUUUCCUACAACAGAUUAAUAAGGAUAGAUAUGAGUACUUGUCUUCCAAUAAUAACCUGGCGGUUCUCGAACAUGAGGCAAUGGAAUGUAAACUGGGAGAUUCGUCAGGUUGCAAUUGAGUUUGAUCAGAAUGUGUCAAUCGCAUUUGCCUGCCUGAGUUGCGACUGUAAGGUCGUCCAUGAAUACAUUGGAGGGUACAUUUUCCUGUCAACCCGAUCCAAGGAUCAAAAUGAAACUUUAGAUGAAGAACUUUUCCAUAAGCUUACAGGAGGACAGGACUAAGUACGUGUUACUGUUAGCUUAUUCCAAAUGUAUGGGCACAGUGAAUCCGACUGAGAAUGCUAACCUGCUAUGAGACCGCACUCGUUUUUGAAGAACCAAUUUGGAGCUGGGAAGACCUAGGUGGUGACAUUUCUUUGUAAAGCAACAUUUUAAAGCAGAUGUAUAAUAGUACUACUUUAAAUAUCUGACCAAACUAACUCAAUGUUUUCUGUAACAAAACAAACUCUAGGUGAAACUGACUAAGGGAGUAUAUGGCUUGGUAAAACAUUGUGGAUAUAUGUAAAAAUAUCGGGGUCUGUUCAAAUAUUGACAUUUGUCAAGGAGGGUCUUUUUUAGUGAUUUCAAGGAGGACAGUAUCUAUAUCUGCCCCCAUUUGGAUCAUUUGAACAGGCCCCAACAUACUCUCUUUGAACAGUUAAAAACAUUUUGAAAGUUUCCUAGUGAAUAAAGUCUUCUCCAAGGAUUUUCCAAGUUGGAAAUGUUUAAAGAAAUGUUUCAGUUCCGGUAUUUUUAUUGUACCUGCAGUGUCCCGUGUUCUCCGGAUCGCCAACCUUGACAUUUUUAAUCACAUAUGGGUCAUAAAUUAGCUGGGGAAUAUGUUUCUUAACAUUUACUCAGUAGUGGUCACCAGGAGAAAGAGAAUUGAUCUUAUAAGAAUCGCGAUGUAUCCAGAUUAUGCCCCCUCCUGCAACAAUGGUGGAUACACUGCACUGUUUAGAAGAAAAAAAAAUAUGUUCUUCUUGCAAUUAUUCCCAAAAGUUAAAAAAAGUAAUUCCCGAGUUGAUUUACUUAGGAUAUCAAAAUAACAGUAACAAAAUAAUCAUGAUUAUGUUGAAAAAUAUAUUGCUGCGAUAUGGACAACACAGGAUAAAGCAAAGGUAAUGUGUUUCUUGUAAAAACUGAAGGGGGUUCUUUAAAACUUUAGCUAUAUCCUAACAGCAUGAAAAUAUAUUAGUAUUGAACAUGAUUUGAACGUGGUUUGAACAUGACACAAUAAUGAUGUGUAGGCUGUACAAAGGCUAAAGUUAAGUUUUUUUUGGAUUUGCUGGAUUUCUGUUAACGUGUCCUGGUCUCUUUGAAAACUUCAAUUAAAAACAAAGUAUACCUUAAUAAACCAUGACUUUUAUGAUG